AUGCAACGAACACUUGCAGUGUUAGCACGAUCUGCGUGGAAAGGUCCAUUUUUUGUAAAGCUUCCCGAACUUCGUCAAGCUCAAACUACCGGACAAGCUAUAAAAACCACAGCUCGUUCAUGUACAAUAUUACCAAUAUUUGUAGGGCUGAAAUUUUUAGUACAUAAUGGCAAAGAUUAUAUACCAGUUACGGUCACUGAAGAAAUGGUUGGACAUAAAUUGGGUGAAUUUUCACCGACUAGAAAGAAGUUUUCAUUUAGGAAAACGAAGAACAAUUUAUCCGAAUUAUCAAAAUGGAAGCCUGAAAAUGAUGAAUUUAACGUUGCAAAGGUCGAUUUACGAGAGAGACCUACUUUCAGAAAUGACGCCACACAGAAAGAGAAAGAUCAAAGAGAUUGUCAUGUGGUAGUCUGUCAUGAUAUGGCUGGUGUUACAAUACCACCUCCACAAUGGACUAAUGCGGCCCACCGAAAUGGUGUUAAAGUUUUAGGAACCUUUAUUACCGAAUGGGCCAGAGAUAUGCUGGAAAAUGAAUUGUGGGUACGAGGUCCGCACACACAAGCACCGCUUGAUGAUCCCGAAAAUGUUGAUCGAAGGAUUGUCAGUACUUCUCCUUUGAUUGGUGGUUCUCUCCACGCUUUUCAAGUUAUCACUUUUAUGAACUAUCUUACUCAACAAAUGCAUAAGCAUAAACCUGGAUCUGUUGUUCUUUGGUACGAUUCUAUCACUAAAGAAGGAACACUUUCGUGGCAAGACCAUUUGAAUGAUUUAAAUUAUCCUUUUUUUGAUGUAACCGAUGGUAUUUUUAUUAACUACACUUGGCCUGAAGAAUAUCCCGAGUUAUCAGCACAAAAGGCAGGCUCUCGAAGGCGUAAUGUUUACACUGGUAUUGAUAUUUGGGGCCGUAAUACUUUUGGUGAUGGCGGAUUUAAUACAUAUAAGGCACUUAAAGUUAUUCAAAAGGCCAAAACAUCUUGUGCUUUAUUUGCACCAGCCUGGACAUUUGAGCAUUUAGGAAAAGAAGCUUUCUGGGAAAAUGAUAAAAAAUUUUGGAUUGGCAGUGCAGACAAAUAUGAGGAUGUAAAGCCUCAAACAGAACGAGCUUUGGAAGAUGAAGGACUUGCUGUUGCACAUUACAUUGUGCCAAGAUACUCACCACGUAUUUCCAAAGUAUCAUCAAACAAUGCAUCCGAAAUGACUACUAAUAAAUCCCAUGACGUUGCAUGGAAUCUAACCUUUGAUAAAGCGUAUAGUGGUGGUACAUCUGUAGUUGUAUACACUGCUACUGGACAUGAUAAAGCAAAAGCGGGAAUUUACAUGCUGCCACUUUAUGAUUUGAAUGUUGCUAUCUCCCCACACGGGUACACAAGAGCAAGGGUUACUUAUUUGCCAGAACAUCGUGGAAUAGUUUUAGGAUUGUAUUUAAAAAUAGGGUUUAAUCGAAGGCUCAAAGAUGGCAAAAAAAUUUCCUUUAACCAUGACGCAAAACCUACAAGGAAGGAUUCAGAGGAUCAGAAAAUAUCAUUCAUUACUUUGAACAACGAAAGUUAUGCUGAUGAUAAAUAUACAGAUGAAUCCGAAAAUCUGAGCAUUCCAUUACAGAAAUUCAAGACAACUAUUGUGUCAAUGAGCCAUAAUUGGAUAACUGCAGAAGUUUUAAUACCACCUAAUAUAUUCUCAAUAUCUCCAACUAGCUCGGAAUUUGAUUUAGUAGUACAAGAAUUGGGUGUUUCUAUAAGUCACUCACCACUCUCUGGAAAACUUGACAUAACUCAAUCGUCAAAUGUAUCUACCCUGGUUCACAUUGGUCAAUUAUCUGUUAGUUCAACAACAUUACCAUUGCGUUUACCUGAGCCAGAAGUGCAAAAUGUAUUUUGGCAAGAUAAUACUUUAUUUAUUGAACAUUUGAGUCAUCGAGGCAUCUUACGAAUAUCAGGUAUUAUAGAAUGGGAGAUGGGUGUCAAAGUUGUUGGGCAUGCAAAUGAGGAUCGUCAUAUCACACAGGACAACACCGCAGAUAUAGAAAUCCCCAACUCUUUUGGAUAUUACUAUGUAUAUGCGGAAGUUGAUUCAGCAUCACAAGGUGGAAAGCCUUCAUUUGAAAAGUUGACAUUUUUAGGAGUAGCCGAUGUUUCGCAGUUUAUAGUUUCAGGGUUCGAAAUACCAACAUCUAAAAUUAUGGUAGAUACAAUUUUAACAAUCUGGGUACAAGGUGUAAGAGAAUCAAACGGAGAAGGAGUGGAAUAUGAAAAAUGGAAAAAAUGUUCAAUUCCGUUAUUUUAUUAUACUACUAAAGUAGGUGGAUUUUGGAAACAGGUUAAAACUAUCGUUUUAAAGAUUUUAAAAACCUUUAUUCCUUGUUGUGGACUAAUUUAA